AUAUAUUUUGAAGAAUUGAUUUAUUAUAGAAACAAGUACAUUCGUUCACAAAAUGCUAAGAUCGAGCGCCCAAUUACUCCCCAAAGUCUCCCUGCUUUUAUCCGGGAAGUUUCAAAUCUUAUCAGAUGGAGAGAUGCAAUUGUGGCACAUUUAUUGCAGUUUUGA